AUUGGCACCCCAUCACUCACACUCUCUCUCCAACUUGUUUCUCCCCAAAAUUUCGAAAACCCCCCAUAUCUCUCUCUCUCUCUCUCUUCCUUCUGUAUUCGAGAUUCUCGCCGUGAAAAUCAUUCGUUCAGCUUCCGGCACCCGAAAACCGCUUCUCCAGCCGAUUACAAGAUUGCGUCGGAAUGAGUAACGGAGGAGAGCUACUUCAAAUCGAUCCUGUUGAGCUUCAAUUCCCCUUUGAAUUGAAAAAGCAGAUCUCAUGCUCAAUGCAGUUGACGAACAAGUCUGAUAAUUAUGUUGCUUUCAAGGUGAAGACAACGAAUCCGAAGAAGUAUUGUGUAAGGCCCAACACUGGAAUUGUCAUGCCUCAUUCUUCCAGCGAUGUCAAAGUUACAAUGCAAGCACAGAAAGAGGCUCCACCAGAUAUGCAAUGCAAGGAUAAGUUCCUGCUUCAAAGUGUUGUUGCAAGCCCUGGAGCUGCUGCAAAGGACAUUACUCCCGAGAUGUUCAAUAAGGAGUCAGGGAAUUAUGUGGAGGACUGCAAGUUGAAAGUGGUUUAUGUUCCACCUCAACUGCCAUCGCCUGUGAGGGAGGGGUCUGAGGAAGGUUCCUCUCCUAGGGCUUCAGUAUCUGAAAAUGGAGCUGUAAAUACAUCCGAGUUUAAUAAUAUUUCAAGAGCAUAUAAUGAGCAGCAAGACAACUCGUCGGAGACGAAGGCACUAAUUUCGAAGUUGACAGAGGAGAAAAUUUCUGUUGUGCAACAAAAUAACAAGCUUCAGCAAGAACUGGAGCUCUUGAGACGGGAACGUAACAGAAGUCGUGGUGGUAUCCCAACUGUAUAUGUUCUGGUCAUUGCAUUGGUGGGAAUCCUUCUGGGCUAUCUUCUCAAAAGGAUAUAAUCUUUAGACAUGAAAAUUGUAGAACCUUAAGUCAAUUAGUUGUCUGGUUGACUUAAAUAUGUACAAGUUAGUUCCAUUGGCUUUAUAAAUGCCUCAAUCAUCAUAUGACCAACUGGUUUGACAUCCUCUUUUUGGUUAGUUUAUUAAUCAAGUGUAUUUUCUAAGUUAAUGAAUGCAACCAAGUGUUAGACAAUACUGAUUAGUCAUUGUAGUAGAGUGAUCUUAUU